GCACAGACAGUGAAACAAGAAACAUUACUGACACACCAGGACCAGAUGAGUGCUUCAUUGGUGGAUUGAGUAGAGCCAAAAAACUGGACGAGGAAACAAAGGAAGAAGGAAAAAAGAAGAACAGGUGGACAAAGAAAUCCAAAAGGUCUUUGGUGCCGUACGAAAACGGCUGGACUUGUGACUGACACCGUAUACUGUAUGCCAUCCUAUUACAAAUACAGUAUGCACGAUGACUCAUGGACAGUGAGCAUCUGUUCACAUUUCUUGUUGCUCAGCUGCUGAUCCAAAAUGUUUGUCCAGCUGCCUACAACACUGAUCAUGUGCCUGACCUUCAUGCUUGGUACUUGCAUGUUCCCCGGACAUCACUGGGGGGAAUGGAACGACUCCCAGCUCCUGCCAACCAUUCAAAAGCUGAUGAAAGGAUACAACCGCUACCUAAGACCCAAUUUCAAUGAGGGUCCUGUGGAAAUUGGGAUGAGUCUCGACAUUGCGAGCAUCGAUGCCAUUUCUGAAAUCAAUAUGGACUACACUGCAACUAUUUUUCUGCGCCAGCGGUGGCGUGAUUCCAGACUGGUGUUCCCAGGGAACGAGAGUGUCAGCGUGGAUGGACGCCUGGUUUCACUGCUCUGGAUUCCCGACACCUUCAUUCCUGACUCAAAGCGCUCCUUCCUGCAUGACGUGACGGUGGAAAAUCGCCUCAUACGCAUCUUCAGCAACGGGACGGUUCUCUAUGCACUUCGCAUCACAGCUACCAUCGCCUGCAACAUGGACCUCACCAAAUACCCCAUGGACAGACAGGUGUGCACCCUGCAGUUAGAAAGCUGGGGCUACAACCUGCAGGAUGUUGUUUUUUACUGGACCAGAGGGAAUGAUUCAGUGAAGGGUCUGGACACACUGCGGCUGGCUCAGUAUAGUGUGGAGAGCUACUACACAUCUGUGUCAGAGGCUGUGUAUGAGACCGGACAAUACCCCAAGCUGAUGCUGCAUUUUGCACUGCGCAGAAACGUGUUGUUCUUUAUCUUGGAGACGUAUGUUCCCUCGACUCUCUUGGUGGUUCUCUCCUGGGUUUCAUUCUGGAUCAGCCAGUCCUCUGUACCAGCCAGGACCUGCAUUGGUGUUACUACAGUCCUGACAAUGACUACUCUUAUGAUGGGCGCCCGCACCUCCCUGCCAAAUGCCAACUGCUUCAUUAAGGCCAUAGACGUCUACCUGGGCAUUUGCUUCACCUUCAUCUUUGGUGCUCUGUUGGAGUAUGCCUGCGCUCACUUCUAUACCAUGCAAGGCCAGACCCUAGCGGACUUGCACAGGGAUCUCGCGAGAGAGUUCAACGAGUCCAGUGGCAAUGGCUCCAUCCCCAUCGUCAGUUCCACUCAACCGAAGAAUUCUGUGAAAGUGAGCUCCCCUGCUGAGGAACCCACACAACAGUCAGCAAACAGCGACAUAAUGACCACCAGUGAACCCAAGGAAGAAAAACCAGCUCAUGUCUGCAGCUUGUCAUCACUGAAAGAUGCUUCAAAGAGGGCAGCGUCCAUCUUCACUGUGGAAAAUCCACACAACAUUGAUCGUCAUGCUCGCACCGUUUUCCCCAUGGCAUUCCUUUUCAUCAAUAUUCUCUACUGGCUUUAUUAUCUCUUUCUCUGAGAGCUGGUUGCAAGCUGCUGCUGAGUUCAUUUCACCAUCCUGCAGCUGCUUUGCAUUCCCGAUGGAGACACUAGGCCAGUCGCUUGGAUCUGAAGUCAUCAUACAUGCUUUUGGUUGACAAGUGGUAUGUAAAAAAGAAGAAAAAAAAACAUAACUUUCAACGAGAUGUAAAAAGCAGCUGUCAGUACUAGAAACCACAUCUACAGCAUAUCAUACACAUGAUUCUACCAAGCCUGUAAUUUGUCUAUUGACUGGCAAAUCAAACAAGAAUAAGUCCACUAGCUUUAAAAAAAAAAAAAAAAGUCUGUUUUCGCUGCAUCACACUUUGUGUUCCAUGUGAUUGCCUUUGUUGUUUUUAAUACAUUGUUUGUACAAGACCAUAUUCCGUAAUUAC